AUGGACCCACAGGCCCAAAAGCCGUAUGACCAGGGAUCUAUCCCUUCCUCCAACGCCAAGGACUACAAUACAAAUAUGAAGGAUGCGGAGGAGGGGCAAUAUGUCCGGCCUACCCACCAAGAGAUGAACUGGUCCUUCGCGGCAAAUGCACAUGAGUGGAAAUACGGGUCAAAGACGAGGGUGUUGAAGUAUUUCUUUGGGUAUUUUGCGCUUGGGCUGCUCAUCGGCGGCAUUAUUGGGACGAUUAUUGCGGUCGUUCGGAUUUACGCAUUCCAUGAUUAA